GGCUAGGUGUUUAAUAGAAUUCUUUGCAGCCGCUUGUGCCGGAGUUGGAGGUAUUUACGCAAAAUACUGUGAAGCCCGUGUGUCACUAAGCUAUCGCUGUUUUCUUGUAAUGAAAGAAAAAGUCUACGCAAACAUAUAAGUCGACUUGCCGUGACGUCUUCUAUGGGUCUAUGAGGUUAGUGUUCUAUUUGUUUUAUACAACAAACAUUGAUGGUACGGGCCUUACGGGCCUUACGAAUCCAAAGCAUAGUUGUUAGAUUAAGUAUACUUUCUCUAAAUACAUAUGUGUACUCUUCUCGGCCAUCCAGCUCGCACAUUUUACUUGUCGGGUUGUAAUGUUUAAGCCCGGCGCACACGGUGUGGAAAUUUCAGGGGUGCGCUUUGCUUACUACCUCGUGAGUUUUUGGCCUCGUUUCGGCAGCUAGCAAAGUGCACGUGUGAACUUUUCCUCAGCGUGCAUUGGAUAUUCUGUAUCUCGAAAUUUUCGAGUCUUGUUUAACACGUAUUAUUCGUCGGAGAGUGUGAAAAGCUCUCCGUAUCGAGCUCAGGAAAUGCGCAAGAGAUUUUAACAUGUAGAUAUAAGUGCGCAUGCGGUUUGUGCGCAUAAGUAGACACACGAGUCUACAGUCAGAAAUGCAUAAGUUAGGUAAUGGGGGCAGGGGAAGGAGAAACUCACAAAAAUCAGGGGUGUACCCAGGGGAUGGACCUUGGGUCCCCCAGAGCCUCCAUCUGUUAAUCCUCCGCUCUCAAUAGAUCUACGUUUCUUGGAGCUGCUGAAGGAAACAACCCAUCCAGCAUCUAGGGGCAGACAAGCGGAGAUUUACAAAGGAUUAGCGGAUCACCUUGUCGCGCCGAAACUAGCCUUAUCUCAUAAACUCCUCGCGCUUUUACCGCCGAGAAAUCUACAGAUAACCAUUUCAAUUACUCCAAAUCAUUAAAGCUUUCUGCUACUUAGACAUGUACUUUUCUAUGGAAUGUGUUUUCAUAACAAGAAGAAGCAUAAUUUUAUGUGUUUGACUGUAACAUCUUUAUUAAAUAUAGUUAUUUGCUGAUAAUAGGAAAGUAUGCGAAUUAUGUGCAAUUUGGGUCAUUUUGCUCGCAGAAUGAUGCAUGGAGUGAACGGUUGUAUGACCAAUAACCAACGGAAAACUUGUAGAUUAUAUAGUCCUUUGCUCUAAAAUUCUCUUGAUUCUUUCGCAUUUGCAGUUGGCGACGUUAUCACUACCCGUAGCCCAUUCACAGUAUGCGCGCGUCAUAUAAAAAUGGCUCCAUACGCGAAACAAACAAUCGAACAAUGUUUCCUUUUUCAUACUCAUUCAUCGUCGAACUCCAAGUGUCUGCGAAACAUUAGAUGUGUGUCUCGAAGUCUUGGGCUAAUUCGCGACAGACUUAUCUAAUCGUAAAGAGCUGGCAAAUUUACUCCGUCCUUUCACUGCACGGUUUUAGCUCCCUUCGUGUCGUCACAGGUAGGUUUCCAGACGCUAGAAAUGCGAGGAAUGUCUCAAAAUCCCUAUAACUGCGCAUUACACAGUUAUUACCCUUCAAAGCAGACAACGCAGUUGAAACAUUCAGCUCUAGGGCGAUCUGCGAAUAGACUUGAAGACAGUCCCCUGUUAGUAAGGCUGUACUACUUUCGUAACGAGAGCUGGAAUCCUAUCCGUAAGAAAACCGAACGAGAGCGAUCACUUACCGAGAGACUUCCGACCAACUCUCGACAGAGCGAUUACCUCCUCCUACCAAGAGUCAAGAAAGCGAUCACUUACCGAGAGACUCCCGACCAGCUGUCGACAGAGCGAUCACGUCCUGAAAGACUUCCGACCAAGAGUCAAGAAAGCCACCACUUACAGGGAGAGACUCCGGAGUAUUAACCGACGAUGUAUUUCUUACACUGUUUGUUCCCGAUUGCGUUCGCCCUUAUCAUAAUCAUUCAAUUGACCGUCAGUGCUGUAUCCCCAGAAGAAAUCGUUGUUUGCGUACGAGGUACGUCGGUUCCCGGCAGCAACAAUAGAUGCGAAGGAACCCCCUUCAAUAUCAGCACCACAAAAAGAGAGUGUUGCAUGAACGAUGGGAUGUUUUACACGACUCAAACCUUCGACCCAGGGCGCUUCUUCCGCUUUAGAAUCGUCAAACAAGGGAUUCCAGAUUGUUACCAAUGCUCCGAAACGCGGCAAAAUCCAGAAAGGAAUAGAUGUUCGGACAUGGACUGUGGCCCGGACAGAUACUGCAAGGCGCGGUUCCAGAAAUCUAAAUGCGUCUGCAGACGAACUCACCAACGGUGCAGCACGCUUGCUAUUAGCCCUGUCUGCGGGACGAAUGGAAAAACUUAUCAAAACAUGUGCUUUCUGGAACGACGCGCCUGUAGCAAACAGAAUCGCGUGACGGUGGCUUACAGAGGUCCAUGCAAUGACAAUUGCGUGAACGUGACGUGUCCGACCGGACAGUCCUGCGUAGUGGACCAGUACAACAAGUCACACUGCGUGUCCAAUUGCAGUAGCUGUAAUAGUUCCCCAGCGGAUACAGAAGUGUGCGGCGCGGAUGGCGUGACGUAUGGCAGCCUGUGCAGAUUGCGAGUGGCGACGUGUAAGCUUGGAAAGACUAUAGGAGUCGCUUACCUGGGAAGCUGCAAAGAAGGUUCAGACUGCUCGACGGUGAAGUGUUCAAGACAUAAGCGCUGUCUGACCGAUGAGACAGGCCAGCCCCGUUGCACAUCCUGUCACACACAUUUUAACUGCCGACGGAUGAGCCGACCCCAGUCUCAGGAUAACGAGGAUUCCCCAAGGAGCACUGAGAUUUGCGGGACGGAUGGGAGAACGUACAGCAGCUUCUGUGCUCUACGGGAACACAGCUGCAACGUUGGCCGGCUGUACAGCAUCAAACACAUAGGCCGUUGUUACGAUAAAGACGAACGUGUUAAACCAAGCUUCUCUGAGCGUCAAUCUGACGGCAGGUCUCGCUCCCCGCGAGUCGACAAGAUUCUAAAUUUCUUCAAGAAUGCUUCCUUCGACAUAGAGACCCUAAAGCGUGCCCUACUACGACUUGGCUUCAGUAAAGUACACAUGACGCAUAAGAAAAAAACACGAAAAAUAAGCCUCAAAGCGCUGAUCUGCUUAAUGUACCCGCGAAACGAUGCACAAGUCAUCCACUGCAACUAGGGUAUUUAGUAGCAUCAUAGGGGAUCCCGAGGAAAAAUUCUUAAAAGGCAUUGACUUAAUGUAUUUGCAAAACGAUACAUCUGCUAAAUUAGAGGUACUUGUUAGGGACCUGUCGAUGUAUCCGGGGACAGGCAAAGAGUAUGUUAUAGAUCUUUUUUAAUUUUCAACCUAUGUCAAGACUCUUGGCAGAUCGUAACUCAGUAUUUACUUGUAAACGUACGUACUUAUACUCGUUUACCUUUGCCUCCUUCGCAUGUUCAAAAGAAACAUGGGCUCGUAGCAGGUAGCACGCGCUAAUAAUUCUUGGAGGGGGCUGGGUUGUUAAAUUGCUGUGAAAAUUUUAUUUUCUCGUCCAUUCACUUGAUUCUUCUUUUUAUUAAGUUGCAUAUUCAGCCAAGAAAGAGCAAAUACAAAUUAAGGGCGAAAAAUUAUUUGUUCGCAUUAUAGAUACCUAUACAUCACUGAACGAUCCUCACAUGCGGCUGAUUUUAAAAGAGAUUGCGCCCACCAAAAAUGCAAUAAAAAUGUUUACUGAAUCAUAAUAUAUUCCUUUACUUAAAAAGCGAGGGAAGAAUAUCAGGAAUGUUACAUACUUUUACAUUGGACCGCUAGAAAACCGGGGAAAAAUGGUCAAAUCAGUUUUUUUAACGAUGUUUCACAGCCAGUUAAAUUUCAGCGUCUUAAAAAUGAUGGAUAAAUUAAAUGAGUACGCACAAGCGCGUACCCAGCAUGGGGUAGGGGGAGUUAGGAUCAUAGGUGUCAUAUGAAAAAAAAAAACGAUCCCUGAAUAAGAAACCAGCCCAAGUCAUUUUUUUUUUGGGGGGGGGGGGGGGGUAGCCCUAUGUGUACGCGCUUGCGCAGAGCAUUCAUUCAUUCAUUCAUUUGGGAUUAUUACGAGCAUUGCUGCUUUGCGAGCGUUGAUAAAAUUGUACUCAUAUCUUGCGGUUCACUGGCGUUAAUUUAAAUAGGUUUACUCAGCGUUAGUGUAGUAUUUCUGUAAUAUAUUUAUACCAGAAUACAGUUAGAAAUCGAACAUGUAUGUCCUAAGAAUAUGGGCUACCCAGGACUGAAAAAAAUAGGGAAAGGACUCGAAAUUUGAAAGAAGUUUGCUUCUUAUCAUGACUUCGUCCUAUAUUAUAACCCCAGGAAGAAUUGCAAUACAAUGGCCAAGGGGAAUAUUGUGUUUGAAUGAUUGAUAGCGUCUGCGGUAGCCAUUUAUUGUUGUAGUACGAUUUAUAUCUACACUAUAUCAUAUCACUCUGUAUAUAAAAAGUAUUUAUGCUAAAAAUCAGUUUACGCGAUCCUUAUAUAAUCAAAGUUGUUUAUACACGUGUUUUAUGAAAUUGGUCCGACCACAGGGCUCCCACAAGAAAAA